AUGCCCCACUACAACACUCCUCCACCUACAACCAUCCAUCCAGAGACAUAUGCCUUCAACCUUCCAUCCACAGUCCUCCACCUACAACCAUCCAUCCAGAGACAUAUGCCUUCAACCUUCCAUCCACAGUCCUCCACCUACAACCAUCCAUCCAGAGACAUAUGCCUUCAACCUUCCAUCCACAGUCCUCCACCUACAACCAUCCAUCCACAACCUCCACCCACUGCUUGUCAUCUACAUACAACCCUCCUCCUACAACCAUCCAUCCACAAACUCCAACCACAGCCUUUCAUCUACAAUGAUCCGACAACAACCCUUCUCCUACAACCAUCCAUCCACAACCUUACAUCUACAAUAUUUGAUUACAACCAUCCAUUUACAACCUCCACCCACAGCCUUUCAUCUACAGUCAUCCAACUACAACCCUCCUCCUACAACCAUUCGUCCACAACUUCCACCAACAAUGUUUCACCUACAGUUAUCCGACUACAACCCUCCAUAUACAACCUCCACCCAUUGCCUUUCAUCUACAAUCAUUUGACUACAACCUUCUUACAACCUUCCGCAUACAACCAUCCAUCCACAACCUCCAUCAUCAGACUUUCAUUUACAGUCAUUCAACUACAACCCCCCUCUUACAACCUUCUACAUAAAACCAUCCAUCAACAGUGUUUCACCUGCAGCCUUAUACCCACAACCAUUGACAUGUCAUCCACCCACAACACUCCAUAUACAACCUAA